CAACAACGGAGCUUCGGAGCUUCCUUCGUUCCUGCUUUCGAGUCAUGCCGUCGUCUCCCAAGACUCACCCCUCCCUCGAGUCCCUGACAUCGUCGUCUUCUUCUUCUCAUCCUCCUCUUAUUCAUCCUUCACGCUUUCUGUCAUCUUUCCUCUCAAUUCCUCGAGGGACGCCCCAUUCUCGUCAUGCGCAACACGUUCCGUCUCGCCAUCUUGGCGGGUGUCCUUCCUGCCUACGCCCAGGAUGACGCUGCUCAAGCCCCCAUGCUUAGCAACGUUGAACUUCAACCACCUCAACCGCCCAUCACAUCAAACAAGAAGCCCUUGGUAGACACCGAGGCCUUACAGAAGCUCAUCAAAGCGGAUAAUCUCCUUGCCCGUGCAGAACACCUCUACGAAAUCGCCAAGCUUGGAGAACCGGAGUAUAAUCAUCCCACCCGGGUCAUUGGAAGUGAAGGCCACCUGGGAACGCUGUCGUAUAUCUACUCCACUCUCGCCGACCUGGGCGACUAUUACAAGCUCUCCAAUCAGUCAUUCCCCGCCGUCACCGGCAAUGUUUUCGAGUCGCGCCUGGUCCUGGGUACCGACGUUCCCAAGUCAGCCGCGCCCAUGAGCCUGACACCCCCGACCAAGGACAAGCAGCCCGUUCACGGGGACCUGAUUCUUGUUGACAAUGACGGCUGCCACCUCUCCGACUAUCCGUCCGACCUGACCGGGAACAUCGCCUUCAUCCGCCGCGGCACCUGCCCCUUCGGCACCAAGUCGGAGAACGCCGGCAAGAAGGGCGCCGUUGCUGCCGUCAUCUACAACUACGAGAGCGAAACCGUUCACGGCACCCUCGGCACCCCCUCUCCCGAUCACGUUGCCACGUUUGGUCUUGGUGGUGACGACGCCCAGCCCUACCUCGACAAGCUCCGCGACGGCGAGACGGUGGAUGCCAUAGCCUACAUCGACGCCGUGGUCGAAUCGAUCGAGACGACCAAUAUUAUCGCGCAGACCGUGGAGGGCGACCCGGACAACUGCGUCAUGCUCGGCGGCCAUAGCGAUAGCGUCGCCGAAGGUCCUGGCAUCAACGACGACGGUUCCGGCUCCCUGACUCUCCUCGAGGUCGCCACCCAGCUCACCAACUUUCGCGUCAACAACUGCGUCCGCUUUGCGUGGUGGUCCGCCGAGGAGGAAGGUCUCCUCGGUUCCGAUUACUACGUCUCCGUUCUUUCCCCGGAAGAGAACAGGAAGAUCCGCCUCUUCAUGGACUACGACAUGAUGGCCAGCCCCAACUUCGCCUUCCAAAUCUACAACGCCACCAACGAGGCCAAUCCGGUUGGUUCCGGGGAGCUGCGCAAGCUCUAUGAGGACUGGUACGAGAGCCAUGAUCUCAACUACACCUUCAUUCCCUUUGACGGCCGGAGCGACUACGACGGUUUCAUCCGCAAUGGCAUUCCUGGCGGAGGCAUUGCCACCGGCGCCGAGGGAAUCAAGACGGAGGAGGAGGUUGACAUGUUCGGCGGUCGGGCGGGCGAAUGGUACGACCCUUGCUACCACCAGCUUUGCGACGAUGUCAGUAAUGUCAAUAUGACCGCUUGGGAGCUUAACACCAAGCUGGUGGCUCAUUCCGUUGCUCAUUAUGCCGUCUCCUUCGACGGGUUCCCGGAACGAACUGAUGUGGAUGCCGCUACGACGUCUCAUCUGUACGCGCAGGAGACGAAGUACCAUGGCAAGAAGCUUUUCAUCUAGCUGAGCGCCAACGAACAUAUCGGUCGGCCGAUCCAUCUUGCAUCUACUGUACAUAUAUGCCGAUACAUAAGACCAUACUCUUGUUAUCUGUUGCCGGUUUUUUUUUUCGCGUCGCCGAUGGAGCUCCUCCUGCUCGCUGCCCAGU